AUGCCGUGGACUGUCACCAAUUCUUUCAAGCGAGGCCUCAUGAAAACAUACGGCAGACCGACAUGGCGCGUCUAUGACGACGAGCGAGCCACCAAGAAACGACGCGUCCACCACGAGUCCGACGAGGCGGAGGCCAACCUGCAGUCGGCCAUCCGGGAAUCCUCCGCCGCCGUCUUGUCCAGCCCCUCGCGCCGGAACUCCGUCCUGUCCGAGGCCACCGACCACAUCGACGACCUCGACGACCUGACCACCCCCCGUCCUCGCCACCGCCGCGCCCGAGUCCCCCCUGCCAACACGCGCAAACCAACCUUUGCCUUUCUCAAGCGCAAGCACAUCAAAGAUGCCACGCCGCUAUCAGAGGUCAACUCCAACAGCGUGCGCUCGGUGACCGACCCACCCAAGGCUCCAAAGCCCCCCGUGAUGCGCCAGAUGCAGAUCGACCUGGGGAAUGAGGUGCGCAAGACCUGUGCGACGUGCGGCAUGGAGUACAUUCCGUCCAACCCGGAGGACGCGGCGCUGCAUAAGAAAUUCCAUGAGAUGAACGCGACGGGUGUCGAUCUGGGCAAGGCGUUUGUCAAGGCCAACGCGUCGCGCUGGGUCUACGAGGCGACGCGCUUUGAUGAGGGCUACGUGGUGAUUGUGGAUCGCAAGGCGACCCCCUCGGCCAAGAACCAGGCGAAGAAGGUGCUCGAGGUGGUCAACAAGGAGUUGUCCUCGCCCGAGAUCGAGGAUGAGGUGCUCUGGAGUCAGAUCGAAGCCCCGCAACAUCUACAGGGGACGGAGGGGACGGAGAAGGUGGAUCGAUACCGCGUCUUCUUGCACAUGAAGGACAGCCGGUGCGUUGGGGUGUGUCUGACGGAACGCAUCUGGGAAUCGCGCCCGGUCGCGGCGGAGUCCGGGUCUGACGACACGAACUCGUCCGUCACGGUGGGCGAGGAGACACACCCGGCCAUUGUCGGGGUCUCGCGCAUCUGGACGUCGGGGGCGUCGCGGCGGAAAGGCAUUGCGCUGGAUCUGCUGGACUGCGUGGUGAGCAAUUUUAUCUAUGGGAUGGAGAUCUCCAAGGGCGAGCUGGCGUUCAGUCAGCCCACGGCCAGUGGCAAGCGGCUGGCACACAAGUUCUUUGAAGCGGAACCGACGUGGCAUGUGUAUAAUGAGUGA